CCUCGAGCCGAAAGCAUUUACUCAUUUAUAAUAUCAUUAUCAUCAUAAUCAGCACGACCUUUCGACGCUCCAACUUUCCGCUGCUCUCAUCUGCGCGCUGCACCGCCCGCACCUCCGGCGCCUACCUAGUUACUUCUAAUCCGACCACUUCUGCUAUCACUACAUGCUUCACAAGCUUGUAUACUCCCCUUUAGCUACCCCAUCACAUUACCACGCAUUUGGAAAACGUAAUUCUUGCUCGAAACACUCAAGCCGCGCCGUUAUCACUUGUAUCAACUUGCUGGCAAUAUGGCGGACAAACCGGCGAACCCCCCGACUACGCCCCAAGCCGCCACAGACCGACAGCCUGUAGGCGACGACAAGUCUCUAAGCGACAUCAUAAGAUCGAUGAAGAGGGAUCCAGACGGACAGGGCAUGAGUGGGUUGGGCUACGACGGCGUGCUCCGUACUUUUGACGCCGAACGUAAUAUUCUCGACGCAGUUGGCCUCAACCCAGCCCAGAUUAGAGAAUACUACGAUGGUCUGCCGCUUCCCGAGAGACUACGCACCGCCGACGGCCGCAACGUGUCCCGUUGGGACAUGUUCCACCCCGAUGCGGAGAAUGUUCCGAAGAAGUUUACGGAGGAGGAGAGAGCCAGAAUUCUGGCACGGAACGAGGAGAUGGCAAAGCGUGGAGUCACAACCUGUGUUCCAGGCAAGUCGGCAGACAAGGGGGGAAUGAAAGCUUAGAUGGUG